GGAAAAUAAGAAUGACGAAUGUUGUACUGGCAAGCAUGAAUGUUAUGAGCUCUUAAUUUUGUGUUUGUAAGAAUGAACAGUGUCAGUAAUUGUGCUGCUAUAAUCUGCGUGUUAUUGAUCAUCGUACUGACGGGUGAUUGCGGGCGGUUAACGACGGCAGAUGAUGGCAGUUUUAAAGCUGUCAAUGAUUUACAGGAUCAGAGUAACACUGAACAGCUUUUCAGGCUCAAUGACACCGAAACAUCCAGCAAUGAAACGACUCAAACAUCAACCCUUGCGCCAAAGCACACAACCUCUGCACCUCUUAAAAAUGAGCCAAUCUUGCCGGUGCAGACAGGGGUCAAAGCCCAGGAAGAAGAGCAGUCCAGCGGGAUGACCAUCUUUUUCAGCCUGCUAGUUAUUGGUAUAUGUAUUAUUUUGGUUCACCUGCUGAUCAAAUUUAAGCUGCACUUUUUGCCUGAGAGUGUGGCUGUGGUUUCUCUGGGUAUUUUGAUGGGGGCAUUUAUCAAGAUCAUUGAGUCUCAGCAAUUAGCCAGUUGGAAGGAAGAGGAGAUGUUUCGUCCAAAUAUGUUUUUUCUACUACUUCUACCGCCAAUCAUUUUUGAAUCAGGAUACUCAUUACAUAAGGGUAACUUCUUCCAGAACAUUGGCUCAAUCACCUUAUUUGCCGUCUUUGGAACAGCGAUCUCAGCUUUCAUAGUGGGUGGAGGAAUCUAUUUCCUUGGGCAGGCUGAUGUCAUUUACAAGAUGACAAUGACAGACAGUUUUGCAUUUGGUUCUUUGAUCUCAGCUGUUGAUCCAGUUGCCACUAUCGCUAUUUUUAAUGCCCUUAAUGUGGAUCCUGUGCUCAAUAUGCUGGUGUUUGGAGAGAGCAUCUUAAAUGACGCCGUCUCUAUUGUGUUAACAAAUACUGCUGAAGGGUUUGCUGGCUCUGAUGUCUCAACUGGCUGGGAGACCUUCCUGCAGGCCCUCGGCUAUUUCCUGAAAAUGUUCUUUGGCUCAGCUGCUUUGGGCACACUCACUGGUCUCAUCUCAGCUAUUGCACUGAAAUACUUUGACCUGAGGAAGACUCCCUCACUAGAAUUUGGCAUGAUGAUAAUAUUUGCCUACCUGCCGUACGGUCUUGCUGAAGGCAUCAAACUUUCUGGUAUCAUGGCCAUUCUGUUCUCAGGUAUCGUCAUGUCUCAUUACACACAUCAUAAUUUGUCUCCAGUCACUCAGAUCCUCAUGCAACAAACGCUUCGGACUGUAGCCUUCAUGUGCGAAACUUGUGUGUUUGCAUUCCUGGGUCUGUCCAUCUUCAGUUUUCCACAUAAAUUUGAGCUGUCUUUUGUCAUCUGGUGUAUAGUUCUGGUUCUUGUCGGUCGGGCUGUAAAUAUCUUCCCCCUCUCCUUCCUACUCAACUUCUUCAGAGAUCACAAAAUCACUCCCAAAAUGAUGUUCAUAAUGUGGUUCAGUGGUUUGAGAGGUGCGAUUCCCUACGCCCUGAGCCUUCAUUUGGGUCUGGAGCCCAUUGAGAAACGCCAGCUGAUAGGCACCACCACCAUAGUCAUUGUACUCUUCACCAUUCUGCUGCUAGGGGGCGGGACCAUGCCCCUUAUUCGUAUCAUGGACAUUGAGGAAACCCAGUCACGACGCAAGAACAAGAAGGAUGUUACCCUGAGCAAAACUGAGAAAAUGGGUAACACCAUUGAGUCUGAGCAUUUGUCUGAACUGACAGAGGAAGAGUAUGAGGCUCAGAUUUUUCAUAGGCAAGAUCUUAAAGGCUUUCUGUGGCUUGAUGCCAAAUAUUUGAACCCUUUCUUUACCCGUAGACUCACACAGGAGGACCUGUUGCAUGGGCGAAUACAGAUGAAGACACUCACUAAUAAAUGGUACGAAGAGGUCCGUCAGGGUCCUUCAGGUUCUGAAGAUGAAGAGGAUGAAGCAGAACUGCUCUGAGACACUAAGAAAGAGUUCUCACUGAACUCAUAAGAGCUGUUCUCUUACCUUGUAAUAACUAAUGAGAACGGCAUUGUGAGGCACCACCUUUCUCUUCUAUGAAAGAAAGGAAGUGUUCCAUUUAUGUAGUGGGAAAAAUAUGAAAAAAUAUAAGGAUGUAACAGGAUAAAUAUCUGCCGCGGUGUUUGGGUCAUAAUAUUGCUAAAAGGCUAAAAAGUAGUAGUAGGACAACAAAGCAAAAAAUAAACUGCAAUAUUUGAUUUUUUUGCAACAUUGUAAUGUAAGUUUAUUUGUUGAGGAUUGUAAAGGGGUUUGAAAAACAUAAUCUAUUGUUUUUAUUAAGUAUUUGUUUGUUGUGUUGUAUGUAUGUAUGUAUCUAUGUAUGUAUGUGUGAAAAUAUUUUAUAAUGCACUGUGAUACUAGUUUGUACUGAGUUUACAAAUAAUUGUAAUGAAGAUAAUUUGUGAUUUGAAGGAGUGUAUUUCUGCCUAAACACCCAGAUAAAAGAUAAAAACUGGAAUGGUAAAAGAGGCAUUAAAAUAAAUGUGAAAAAAAUUA